GAUUUUUUGUUGCAGCAGACAAUGUUAAGAGUAAAGGAUCCUAAGAAGUCACUGGAUUUCUAUACGAGAAUUCUUGGAAUGACGCUGCUUCAAAAAUUCGACUUCCCUACUAUGAAGUUCUCCCUCUAUUUCCUGGCAUAUGAAGAUAAAAAUGACAUCCCAAAAGAUAAAACUGAGAGAACAGCUUGGACCUUCUCUAGAAAAGCUACACUUGAACUGACACACAACUGGGGCACUGAAAAUGAUGAAAAUCAGUCUUAUCACAAUGGCAAUUCUGAUCCCAGAGGAUUUGGACACAUUGGAAUUGCUGUCCCUGACGUCAAUAAAGCUUGUAAGAGGUUUGAAGAAUUAGGAGUGAAAUUUGUGAAGAAACCAGAUGAUGGUAAAAUGAAAGGACUUGCAUUUGUUCAGGAUCCUGAUGGCUACUGGAUUGAAAUUUUGAAUCCUAACCACAUGGUGACUCUCACUUAGUUCUUACGAAGUAUAUUACGUAGGAGAUGCACACGUUCAGUCCCCUGGAGAAAAUCUGUAACACAGUUUGUGAAAUUCUCGCUUAAUGGAGAGGAACCAGUCAUGUUCAGAGUCUCCUCUAAAACUAUCCCCUGGGAUCUCAAUGUACUUGAAUUCCCUUUUGUUGUCCUGUGAUGCCCCUGCAAUUUG